CCCCGGCGGCGGCCCAUGGGGCGGGAGGCGUGAGGCCGCUGCCUGUCCGGGGCUCGGGGGGUGGGGGGAGCGGGGCGGGGAGAUGGAUAAACUGACCAUCAUCUCAGGAUGUCUCUUUCUGGCCGCCGAUAUCUUCGCCAUCGCCAGCAUCGCCAACCCGGACUGGAUCAACACCGGGGAGUCUGCGGGAGCACUCACGGUGGGCCUCGUGCGACAGUGUCAAACAAUCCAUGGACGAGACCGGACGUGCAUCCCUCCCCGGCUUCCCCCGGAGUGGGUCACCACACUGUUUUUUAUCAUCAUGGGAAUCAUUUCAUUGACUGUCACAUGUGGUUUGCUGGUGGCUUCCCACUGGCGAAGAGAAGCUACAAAAUAUGCUCGAUGGAUAGCAUUCACUGGAAUGAUCCUUUUCUGUAUGGCUGCCCUAAUAUUUCCAAUAGGAUUUUACAUCAAUGAAGUCGGAGGUCAACCUUAUAAAUUACCCAACAACACAGUAGUUGGGUCAUCAUAUGUACUUUUUGUCUUAUCAAUUUUCUUUACAAUAGUAGGACUUCUAUUUGCUGGCAAAGUUUGUUUACCAGGCUGAUGAAUGUCUAAAUUGCUUGACUCUUAUUAUUUUUUAUUUUAUUUUUUUAUUUUUGGAGGGUGGAGAGGACAAAGGCGAGGCAUCUGAGCAGCCCUCUCAUGGGAAGAUGCUCAGAUGAAACUGAUGCUGAGAAGGAAAAAAAUGCUUUGAUUUGUUCUCACUAUGCACUUUGGAUUUAAAAAAAAAAAAAAAAAAGGAGAGCCUUUUCCAUAACCAAAUACAGACAAUAUUGACUAAAUCUCCUGAGCAUAUUCAGGCAGUCAGGUCUGCACUGUGAUAGCAACCUAGAGAAGGAGAAUGCUUUAUACCGAAAAGCAUGUGGCCCUUUGUGACUCUGUUGUUCCGUUUUUAAUGUCUAAUGAUUCAUUAGAGGAAAAAAAAAAAGUCUAAGUAUUUAUGUAUCAUGGUGGACCAGAGGGAUGCAAGAGAAGUUCAUGUGGGGCUGGCCUCACCUCCUAAGAAAUUAGUGUUCACAACUUCCUUGUAAUAGUUUGAGCCUUUGGCACCAGAAUGGAUUGCCGUUGCAUUACUGCACCAAGAAGCCAAUAGAUCAAAACUUGUUUGCUAAAAUGUAUGUAAAAAUUCUGAAAUUCCCUCUCUCUGUGUACAAAAAAAAAAAAAAUCAAACACUAAGACACAUGUUUUGGGUGGGUGGGUGGGGGAAAUCUUCCUUAUAUUUAUAUAAAUAUAUAUAAUAUAUAUAUUUUGCUGAUGCAGUAUACAGUGUGUAUAUAUGUAUGUGUGUGUGUGUAUGUGUGUGUAAAUUUAUAUACACACACAUGCAAACAGUUCCUGGAAGAGAAUUCUGAAUGCUUUGCUAGCAAAACACUGUGGUGUGCAAACCUAGAACCCAAUAGAAAAAAAAGCCAUUUAUCUGAAGGCUGCAUAGUGGAGAGAGUCUUCAGUUUACCUCAUUCUUUGUAGCAGCCCUUGAUUUUAACAGGUUUUUGUAAUAGGUACAAACAAUCUCAUACCUUUCUAGGUGCGAUUUUAAGUUAAGCUAAAAAUUAUUUGUAGGGUUAAUUUAUUUGUAUAUGAUAGUAGAAGGUAAGAUCAUGUCAAACCUUAUAAUUUGGGGAAUCUGACACUAUUUAAAUUAUUGGCAACUGUUGUCUGUUGUACAGAAAUUCUUUUUCUACUGGCUCAGUCUGUUACAUUAAUAAUGCAUUUUAUAUGUUCAGGCACACAACUUUACAUGAAUACAAAGUUCACUAGUAAAUAUCUGGCUAUUUUGGCUAUUUACAACACUAAUUUCAUUAUUUUCAUCUGUAAGCAUUAUUAAUACAUCUUUACCAAAACCUGAGCAAUACAAUAUUUUCUUUAUAUGUUAUAUGCCUUUGUUUGCUAAAAGCUAAUAUUUUUGCAUUUACUUUAAAGGGCUGUACUAAACCCACAGCUUUAAGUUCUUCCCUAAAAGAAGCAUUGCAGCUAACCCUUGAACUCACAGUUUUAAAAUACAGUAUUUCUCUUCUCCACAUCUCCAUGCCUUCUCAUCAAUGCUUGUUUUUCCUGGUGAACACUAUAGAUAAUCUCCUGUUUGAAAUGUGGGACAGGGUGUUUCAUGGCAGUGGAGCUAAGUUUCUCCUCUUCAUAGUGAACUGGUGACCCAAAUGUCCCUGUCAUUUAUAGUGAACUGGUGACCCAAAUGACUCCCUGUCAGUAGAGUCCCAUGUGGCCCAUGCUUCACACAAGCAGAAAUGAAUGCACUGUUUUUUAAGAGCUAGAUUAUCAGUUCUAGAAUGAUUACUUCAAAGAUGGGAGCUACCUCCUCAGAUAUUCACACUAUGAAAUGGAGGUGCUUGAUGUGUUUCACACUGGCUUGUUUGACAGUCUUCUAUCUUACUGUUAAUUCAGCAGUAUUUUAUUGUGAAAGAAAACCCCAGUGUUUGAGCUCACUCAGGAACUGGGGAGAGAGAUGGACCACCACUGUGGUGCAUUUCUUAAGUGUUCUGGGAGAAUGUCAUACUUUUCCUUCCCAGAGUAAAAGAAACCUUCGGGAGAUCCUGAGGGAGACUGUUUUUCCCCAAGUAUGAUGAUGUCUAGUCAAGUCUAAGAAUACCACUGGCCAUGUUCUAUGGACAUUUGGGAUUGCAGUUGCUAUUCUGAUUUGAUUGGUCCUCAGUCAAAUGGAUCACUUUGAAGGAAAGCUUUGGUUGUCACCGUUAUAUACCACUGAGAUAAAGUGUUAGCAAAGUAUGAUUCAAAUUAACUUAUGACCAAGAGCUUUUCUCUUCCAAAAGAUGAAUUGUACUGUAAAUAGUUUCUCAAAAUAUUUUUAACUGGAUCAUGAGCAUGGGGAGAGAAAGUUUCUCAGCUGCUAAGAAUUUCCCCACUGUUUACUUCUUUCACUUAUGGUGGUAUUGCAUUUAAGGUUACAAAAUUUAAGGUUUUAUUUGUAUCUGUUACCCAAACCAUUAAAUUGUCUUUAAUUUCAUCAUUGUCUUGGAGGUCCAGUGCAUACAGGGCUGAUGGGGGAAAACUCCCUCUAGCCAGUCAGCACUCUAACCCAGGAUUAAACCAUCCCAUCAAGUAGUAUGUGAAGUCAAGUCUUUGUACUCUGGCAGACCAGACAUUGAAAUGGACUCACAUUCAUAUAAAUUUCUAUAAAUCCUAUAAGUGAAAAGAUAGACAACUGUCAGCAGUUGCUUUUAAAAAAGGUCACUAUAAUAAGUACUAUAUAGUACAGUAUUAAUUUAUAGCAGGAAAUCAUAUCUUGUAAACUGUAUAUAAAACACUGUUUUAUGGUGCAAUCAUUUGUCAAACUUUUGUCUGUUACAUUGUUUUUAGAGUGUGUGCAUUCUUCUCAUACCUAAGAAUAUCACUGUAAAAUCUGCUGAAAACUAUUUUUAGGUUUUAUUUGCACAAGACUGAAUUAGUUUGAAAUUUUUGGAAGCUCCUAUUGAACAUGCCUAAACAUCUGUAAACAUGAAAAAUCUUCAAUUUAUUAAAAGCAAACAUUUCAGUAUGAUUCUUUCCAAAGGUAAUCCAUGUUCUGUGUUGUUAAUGUGCGUAUGUAAUUUUUCUGACUCUUCCACGUCUUAUAAACCUAUUUUCUGUUUCAUUUGUUUUGUUUUUGAAGGAUGGCUGUUUUUUCUUUUUAAUGUUCUAGAUGACCAAAACACUAUUGGUUUUUACCCUUUUGCCUAAAGCUUUGAUAUCCCCACUUGAUGUUCUGUGAAUUCACUGUUUAAUCUAUUAAGUGAAAUAAUAAAUAGUCCUGGUGACAAUCUGUUGAUUUAGAGGAAAAGCCCUGAAAAAUACAGUAUUGGAAACUAACUUUGCAUAUGCUGUUAGCUAUUAUUUUGCAUCAUGGGCUUCAUGGGAAGAACAUGUUGCAUUUAUUUUGUCUUUAUUAAAAGACUACUAGCCACAAGUUACUCUGAUUACUCUGAGUAACUGUUUUAUCAACCCACUUGAUCUUUAAAAAAUUAAAUUUACAUUCACAAUUCAAAACAGUAAGCUGUCUUUCAGAAAAUUUUUGAAGGAUAAAAACAUGAAGGAAAAAAGUGGCCCGUGUAGGUAGGAUUCCCUACACAGUACUUUUAGUUGUAUCACCUCAAGAGAUUUUGAAGUUUGUGAUCAAGGUCUGUAUAUUAUCCCAAACUUUAUUAAGAAUUGUUUUCUAAUUGGUUAUAACAUUUUUCAAUUAAUAGUUUCAAAACAAAUUGUUAAUACAGCUGUAUAAAAUGAACAUAAUUUUCCUCACUUGUAUUUUUGUUAUUGAGCAAGUUUAUCAAAAUAAAUUGUCUACUAAAGAAACUAAAAAGGCUUCUAUUACUUUGAAAUAAGCUUCAUUUAAAAAAUUGAUUUCUUAUAGAGGUUUCACAUAUUCACAAGUGCCACUUCCAUGCCUCUUGGGUUGGUUUUUUGUUGUUGGCAUUGGGGGGUGAGGGCGGUCCUUCCCUAUCUUCUUCCACUCCCACUCUUUGCUCACUGCUAGAGAAGAGAUGCCAUUAACAUUCCAGGACAUGGAUUAGGCCACGAUUACCAAUAAGAGUCACUCAGCAAUAAAAGACCACAUACAUGUGGCUUUCCCUUCUGCAUCAUGCUUCCAUGAGCUAGGAGAGAGAAACCAAGCCAAAGCCCUCAAGCCAACUAUCUUUCUCUUCUUUCUUCCUUGCACAUAGACCCAAGUCCAUCUUUGCUUCAGUCUUCUGUUUCUACUUUACUCCAGGCCAAAAGAUCUUAGCUUUUAAAAUCUUAAAGUAUGGGCUGGAGGAGCAAAUACAGAGGCCUUUGGGCCCUGUCACAGCUUAACUAUAGCUCUCUCUGGGGGUGUCAAGAUUAGCCCAACUGAAUAAUAAUAAUAAAAUAUUUACAGUUUGCUGCUGAUUCUUCCUUGUGUGGCCUUUUGAGGAGCCUCCUGGGGAAUUGGAGGAUUAAGACAUGGUAAGAUUUAGAUGUUCUUGGGUUCUAAGAUUGAGGGGUUUCCUUGGAGGUUAGACUUGAAGUGCUAUGUCUGGGAAAGUUCCAGGCAAAUUAGGAUGAGUUGGUUACCCUACCCUAUCUUCACACCAUCUAAAUCUUCUCCUGAUUUGUAACACAGAUUAGAGGUUUUUUGAGGGUUAUUUUCUAUAAACAUUAAUAAAUGUUUAUAGAAACUGGAAUGUUUAUAGAAACAACUGGAAAUUGUAAUGGUAGAUUUAUGCUGAGCUGCUAUGGUGGAGGGGACGCUUUUUCUAUUUGGUAAUACCUUAGGAAAAGGUAACACAGUGGCUUUAAAAACAAUAACAUGGGUUCAAAAAUACCUUAUUUUGAUUUAUUCUUCUAUCAUCUCUAUUCUAGCCACUAGGAGAAGAUUAUAGGAAAAACACCAAGACUAGAGGACUCUGGGUUCCUUUUAUGCAAAGUCAACUCUUCUGGGUCACAGUUACCCAGCAACAAAAAUAAAGGUAGUUAUUUAUAAAUGGUAUUAAAGAUAGAAAGCACAAUGUAUAUUUUUUAAGAGUUUUGGUUCUUUUCCCAGGAGAAGAAAACACUGUGGGUUGGUAUUUUCAAGCACAUUCAAGGGUUUUACAAAUCAGCCCCAGUUCUAGUCACACACAAUCUAAGACCACCCAAGAUAACAUUUCAAGAAGAGAUUUUUCACAAGACUAAAAUUUCAGUGCUGGAUGAAAUGUCAAAGAGCAUGUCCAGUGUUUUCACUUUUCAGGUGAAGAAAUCGAGGCCUCAGACUUUUCCAAAGUCACUCAACUAGAUAUCAGCAGAGCACUCGACAUCGGAAAGAAUGUCUUUGACAUGUGGGCCUUGGACUUAAGACCAACAUUCAUAUUCUGUAGCCAUUGAACCAGUCUUCCCUCAACUGGUCUCCAUUCACUCUGAUCUAUCCAAAUCAAUUCUGCCAAGAUACUCGUAACACAAAAGAAAGCAUAUUAUUUCCGUGUUCACAUUUCUGUCAUUCCCACUGUCUACAGAAUGAAAUCCAAACUCCUUUAGCAUAGCGUUGACGAGCUUUCAUGAUCUGGCUUCAAGCUCUCUGUUCAGUCAUUUCCCACCUCUCUCUCUCUUCACUUCUUACAACCAGCCCAUUCUCCAUUCUACAUUCACUACAACCUGCUCCCUUCCCUGGCUGUGUCUGUACCACCUCCUCUCAGUUUUAAAGUCCUCCCAUAUUUGAAAUAUAUCUAAUCUUUUGUGCUUUGUGUCUCUCUUGCUUAUGCUUCUGUACCAGAACUUGCUAAACAGGCAUAGACUGCCUAGAUUAAAUCUCAAUUCCACCAUUCCAGUUGUGUGACCCUUAGUAAAUCAUGUAACUUAUGUGUGAGCCUUGGUUUUUUCAUCUGUAGAAUGGGACUAAUAAUAUUACCCACCUAAUAGGGCUACUGUUGGUUUAAAGGAGAUAAGGUUCCAAGCACAUAGUAAGCAUUCAAAUGUUAGUUGCUGAUAUUGUCAUUAGUAAGUGCUUUUGUAUAACUAUAUAAACUGUUGAAUGCAAAGAAUAUGGCUUCCUCAUUGUGUACUCCCUAGAGACCUGGCACAGUGCUUUACACACUGAAUUAUGAAAAUUAAAGUUGGGGCUAGGUGAUAAAGAAAAAUUAUGAAACCAUAUUUCCUGGAGAUUUGAAAGACAGAGUCAUCGAUCUGCCAGGUUUGUUUCAGUGAACUUCUUCCUGAAGGCAGAGGCUUGCCUAAAUCAGCCUUUAUAAGGAUGGUUACUUUAUUAAUAAGUAUUUGGCUAUAUAAUAUGUCAGUUCCAUUGACUUCCUUAGAAUUUCCCUAUGGACUCCAGAUCCUAUACUACUGAACUCACAGGGCUAUAACACUGAUACUAUACAGAGAGGACCAGGACAAUGCCAGCACCCUGUUGAUCCUGAGUGAACUCUGGAGGCCUCUUCAAGCUUGUGGGUUCUCUGCUGCCUUGAAGCCAUCCAUCCAUUUGAUAUGUUUUGCAAAGACUUGGUCCUGCCAAGAUGGUUUUAAUCAUUUCUGCUAAAAGGAAUGGACUCGAGGAUUUGAUCUCAUUUUAGAUGCAGUUGUCCUCAACUGGCCAUUUUAUGGCACUUUAGUAAAUAUGGCCAGUGUAUUUGGUCACUAUUAAAUCAAUCCCCAUUCAUUAUCUGUCAGGGCAAGUCAGUGAAGUAAAUACUAUGUUCUGACCGCUGGCACUCUUUCUCAUGUUGUUUAAAUAUUUAAUAUUGUCUAAGGCAAUUCAAGUAUUUUCUUAAAUAAAAAAUAUGAAAACUCA